AUGCAAGGGUCCUCUACUAGCAGACCCUCUUGCGAUGCUCUUCGUUCCACCCUCCGACUAGAGAACACUACUAUCCUCGAAGUCGCCUAUAUCCAGGCAAACUCCUCCAUUACGACCCCCGGAUCCUGCCAAUCAUCAGCAACAGUGUCCUCGCCCCUCUGCCGUAUAUAUGCUCAAGUGAACACAACGGAGUCUUCUUCCUUAAAGUUCGAGGCUUGGUUGCCUGACUUAUGGUACGGUCGUCUUAUCACCAUCGGAAGCGGGGGGCUGAGUGCAUGUAUUGACUACAAUGAUCUCGACUAUACGACCUCGUCUUUCCACUUCGCCGCCAUCGCAUCUGACAGUGGUCAUGACGGUGACACGGCAGCCCCUCUUAUGAACGAACCCGAGGUCAUCAAUGACUUCUCUUUCCAAGCCGUUCAUGCCUCUGCCGAGCUUGGAAAACAGGUUGUUCAACAAUACUACAGCCGUAGCGCAGCGAAAUCGUAUUACACCGCCUGUUCAAACGGCGGAAGGCAGGGCAUGCAGGCAGCACUCCUGUAUCCACAAGAUUUCGAUGGUAUCCUGGCCGGGUCACCAGCCGUAGACUUCAACCAUCUUCUAGGCUGGCUUGCUAUCCUGGGAAGAGACGUGGGCGCACCGAAUGGCAAUUCGAGCUCGAGCUUCAUACCCGACGCCCUUUGGCCAGUCGUAUCUGCCGCCAUUAUGGAGCAGUGCGAUCUUUUAGACGGUGUCGCCGACCAAAUGCUCACUGAACCGGACGACUGCUUCUUUGACCCGAGCGUUUUGUUAUGUCCGCCCUCUGUAGCCAACGCGGACAGCGACGCUUGCUUGACUGCGGACCAGAUUGUAUCGUUGGAGAAGAUCUACUCCCCUCUGAUCAACGACAAAGGUGUAGAGCUAUGGCCGAGGUAUGACCCUCUGGCGGAGAACACAACGUUAAGACAGUUGACAUUCAGCGGCUCGAUAUUCUCUUACCCCACAAGCUGGUGGCAGAACACAAUCUACAAUGACACGAAUUACAGCUUCGAUAAAUUCGGAAUCCAGGAUAUCGAGUUCGCCGACACAAUCAAUCCUGGUGGCAUAGCUGCUUUCAGCGGAAACUUCUCGGCAUUCCGUCAACGAGGUGGGAAAAUUGUAACCUUCCAUGGACGCGAAGAUGGGCUUAUUGCGUCAGGCAAUUCGAAGCGUUUCUACGACCUCGCAACCAGCACAUUGUCCCUCCCAAACCUCGAUGACUUCUAUCGUUUGUUUCUUGUUCCUGGCUUGGCCCACUGCUUCUACGGUCCAGGGGCGUGGAAGAUCGGUCAGAGCCAGUUGGGAAGCGGAGUAGUCGUGAACGAUUCAGCGCAUAACUUGUUGCUUGCGCUUGUAGAUUGGGUCGAAGGAGAUACGGCACCGGGGAGCAUUAUUGGUACUGGAGAUGAUGGGUCUACGAGGGAGCACUGUCGAUACCCUCGAUUCAAGAGCCAGUGGAACGGAACGGCAUGGAACUGCGUGGAGAUCUGAUAUAUGACUUUUUGAACCACCAUCCGUGUAUGUUCGCAGACAUGGGCUCGCAGUCGCAGCUUGCAUCUCCUUCAUGGUGGCAGCAUCGCGUCAGGACCUUUCCGACACCUGCUGUGGGUCGAGCUAAGAUUUCUUUUGAUUGUACAUGUUUAGGAUAUCGAACCGCUAUCGUUUCAUUGUGGGCAUUGUCUUUAUAAUAUACAUCCCUCU